AAUCUAUUUUUGUAUAUAUAUUUUUUAACGAUUUUAAUUUAAAACAAUCACAGUAAGGUACUUAAUUGUUACCCAGAAAUGAUUAGAUAAUGAGAUUAAAACGGCUUCAUUGGACCUUUUUAAAUUCAGCUACAGUCAUAGGCUGGAUAGCUGUAGGUUGGUACACUAUUUUUGGGUGGGGAGAGAUGGUCGAAAGCCAUUAUAGGAGAUAAUCAUAAAUGUCUGACCAUCCAGCACCGUCUACGAGUGCGUCAAGAGGGUAUUUUUGUGGAGUAGCGCUUAUAUAUGGAGGAUGGGAAGACUGCUUCAGCUACUGAUAUUGGCUUUGAUACUAUUGAUCUGCAUUUAUCUUUUAUUUGUAUGUCAAUUCAACCAGUGCCUGCUGAAUGUGUCACCAUCCAAUCAUCUCAAAUACAACCACACUAGCUUCACAAGUUGUAGUGGAAUCAACGGGACAUUUACACCAACCAAUGACUCCUUAAUAAGUAAAGAGGAAUGGGAAUCUCUGCUCAAAGAGCUACAAUGGUCAUUACCGCCUGUUGUCCUCUUAUCCACAGAUGAGGCCACAAACCCCACUAAGUGCUCAUUCUCUGUUGUCAACCCCAAUUCAAACCACACAAUUGGAGGGUUUAUAGAUGUGAUUUUGAUAGCUAGAGAUACUAAAAACAGGAUCAAAACCUAUGGAGGGGACUUUUUUCAGGCCAAGUUGUUUAACUCAGAACUUAAGGCCAGUACUUAUGGAGCUGUAACAGACCACUUUAAUGGCACCUACACUGCCCGUCUGGCCCUGCUUUGGCCCGGACCUGCCAAGGUAUCCAUCCGCCUAGUGCACUCUAGCGAGGCCGUGCAGGUACUGUGUAGGCAAAGGGAACAGGACCCAGAUAAGGUCUACUUCCAAGGCUACUUUGAGGAGGGUGGCAAGCAGGAAACUGUGAUGUGCAAUGCCCAGAGAAGUCCUAGGCUGGUGGGGAAUGAUGCACAGUGUUGCUGUGAGUACAGAGAGCCAGUCACUGGGGAGACCUGGUUCUGUCGUCGGCCAUCUUCCCUGCCUUGCCAUGCUUUGACCUACCACAGCAUGGGCGGUUACCAGGCAGUACUCUCCAAGGUGGAGGCGACCCUUCUAAAGAGUUCCACAAACAUUAUUGUACCAGGUGACGAUUCUGCUAUCGAUGUCCAGCAACAGGACACUGAAAUCCGAUCACAAACAAAAUGUCGUCCUGGUUUGCACACCUCAGUACCAGCUGGAUUCUACCUCCAGGAUCACUGGACAUCCCUGGUGUGUGACUCAAAAUCCUUUCCCUCAGCUAAACUGAUAUCUGGAUGCCUGAAGGACAAACAGAUCCUUAUGAUGGGUGACUCCACUCUCCGUCAGUGGUUCGACUACCUGGAGGAAACUGUGCCAACAUUGAAACGCCUGAACCUUCACACAUCAAGCAAAUCGGGCCCCUUUGAGGCAGUCGACACCCAGUCCAACACCCGUAUUAUCUGGCGGGCCCAUGGGAUACCUAUACGGACAAGCAAGACCCCCUGGGCUGACCUUCACUACAUCGCCAGCGAGGUGGAUGGUAUGGCAGGGGGUGCACACUCUGUAGUCGUCUUCACCAUCUGGGCUCAUUUCACCACGUACCCACUGGCUAUGUACGCACACCGUCUGGUUGUCAUCCGUAGGGCUGUGGCGUCGCUCCUAAGACGAUCUCCCACUACUCUGGUAGUAAUCAAGUCAGCCAACACGGGCUACAAGGAUGUGUAUGGCAGCGACUGGCUCUCCUGGCAGCUCGACAUGGCACUCAGGGAAAUAUUCAGGGACUUGCCCGUGGUCCUCAUCGACGUUUGGCAGAUGACCUCCUGCCACUAUUCUCCGGACAACAUUCACCCGCCCUCUGUGGUGAUCCAAAAUGAAGUGGAUCUCUUCCUGUCCUUUGUUUGUCCACAGUGAAAAAUGUUGUAGUCAUGCCUGUAAUAACAUUGUGCCUUACUGUAUACACAAUGCUGUCUCCAAAAGGAUUCUACAGUAUAUUGGAAAGGGGAUUUUAAUUCUUGGAAGAUAAUUCCUUUAAAAACAGUUUGCCUUAUUCAAAAUGAAUGUAAAGCUUUUCUAACUGGCCUUAUU